UACACACAUCUAUGUUUCAGAAAGUCAGUCAUGUGGCUUGUCUUGAGCAACAGGUUUUGGAUGAAAGAUGGAAUGCGAUGUUGAGUGAGCUGGUACCACACUGGGGAAUUGUAUCAUGGGGACUGCGCUCACUCUCUGUGAUGGUGAAGUCUGAAUAUUGCUAAAGGGACUGCCACAGAUCCGGAGCGAAGCCUCGGCUGCUCCAGGUGCUGUUGCCAAAAUGACCCAUCUGCAAUCCGGCCUCAGUGCUGAGAUCAUCGAGAAAUCUCGCUUGGAACUGAAUGAGAGCCGUGAAGCCUUGCAGCAGGAUAUCCAGCAUGUCAGAGACCUGAUCAUAACGCGGCCGGACAUCGGCUUCCUGCGGACGGACGAUGCCUUCAUCCUGCGCUUUCUCAGAGCGAGGAAGUUUAACCAUUUCGAGGCCUUCAAACUGCUCGCUCAGUAUUUCCAGUAUCGGCAGCAAAACCUGGACAUGUUCAAAAACUUCAAGCCUGACGACCCUGGCAUCAAGCGGGCUCUGAUAGACGGCUUUCCAGGAGUGUUGUCACAGCCAGAUCACUGUGGUAGGAAAAUUCUAGCGCUGUUUGCUGCCAACUGGGACCAGAGCAG